UUUUAAUCUUUUAUAUUUCCAGAUCCGGUUUAAAGAACAGAAAAGAAAAAAACUCGAAGUCUCCAUUAAAACAAACACCCACAGAGAUUAAAAAGAAAAAUAAAACGGCAAAAAAGCGUAGCGAAACACGACACGGAUUCACACAGACAGAUAUAUACAAAAAGGAUUUUAGUAAGAGAAGAAAAUAAAGUUUCUUUUUUUUUUGUUUUGAUUAUUAUUUGGGUUUUUUUUUUCCUUUUUCUUCUUCCCCUUUUCUGUUUGUUAAUUUUGGGGAUCGAUGUCGGAAAAGGAAGAACUUACGUCGACAUCGAAGUCCACCGGAGCUCCGACGCGGCCGACUCUAUCUCUUCCUCCCCGGCCUUUUAGUGAGAUGUUCUUCAACGGUGGAGUUGGAUUCAGCCCUGGUCCGAUGACUCUGGUCUCAAAUAUGUUCUCCGAUUCCGAUGAGUUUAGGUCUUUCUCUCAGCUUCUUGCCGGAGCCAUGGCUUCUCCGGCGGCUGCAGCUGCUGCCUCAGCCGCUGCCGCUGCCGCGACGGUUAGUGAAGGGAAUAAUAGCUCGAGUGGUGAUGUUGACCCGAGAUUCAAGCAGAACAGACCCACCGGUUUGAUGGUUUCGCAGUCUCCGUCGAUGUUCACCGUACCGGCAGGUUUAAGUCCGGCGAUGUUGUUAGAUUCACCGAGCUUCUUAGGCCUUUUCUCUCCUGUUCAGGGAUCAUAUGGAAUGACACAUCAGCAAGCACUAGCUCAAGUCACUGCUCAAGCAGUUCAAGCCCACGCCAAUAUGCAACCUCCUUCCUCUGAGGCUCAAACAUUCUCAUCUGGUCAACCUCAGAUCCCGACCUCAGCUCCAAACUCUUCACUUGCAGCUCAAAGAGAAACCUCAGAUGCAACGAUCAUCGAGCACAGGUCACAGCAGCCUCUGAACGUUGACAAGCCAGCUGAUGAUGGAUACAACUGGAGAAAGUAUGGGCAAAAGCAAGUGAAAGGCAGCGAGUUUCCUCGAAGCUAUUACAAGUGCACUAAUCCGGGAUGCCCUGUCAAGAAAAAGGUUGAGAGAUCUCUUGACGGACAAGUCACUGAGAUCAUCUACAAAGGCCAGCACAAUCACGAGCCUCCUCAGAACACUAAGCGGGGAAACAAAGAUCUAAACGGGAGUUCGAUGAAUAACAAUCGCGGGAGCUCUGAGGUGACGGCAUCGCAGUUUCAAACCAGUAGCUUCAGCAAGACUAAGAGGGAACAACAUGAAGCAGCAAGUCAAGCUACAACAGAGCAAAUGUCUGAGGCAAGCGACAGCGAAGAAGUCGGUAAUGGAGAAGCUGGUGUCAGAGAGAAAGUUGAAGACGAGCCUGAUGCCAAGAGAAGGUGGCGCAAAUAUGGACAGAAAGUCGUCAAAGGAAAUCCUUAUCCGAGGAGCUACUACAAGUGCACAACACAGGGAUGUGGAGUGAGGAAACAUGUAGAGAGAGCAGCAACGGAUCCAAAAGCUGUAGUAACAACAUAUGAAGGCAAACAUAACCAUGACCUUCCAGCAGCUAAAACAAGCAGCCACGCAGCUGCAGCGGCACAGUUAAGGCCAGAGAAUCGACAUGGCGGUUUGGCUAAUUUAAACCAGCAGCAGCAGCAGCAGCACGUGGCGCGUCUAAGGCUGAAAGAAGAGCAAACAACUUGAGAGAAGACAACUUUAUCAACUCAAAUUCUACUCUGACCUUUUUUUCAUGAUAAAGCUUUUCUAUAUUACACCUUUCUGAGAAAUCUAGAAGUUUGCAUUGCAGGGAAGAGAAAGAUCUUGAGGAAGGGGUUGUUCUGGUGUAACACUUGUAAGCUUUUUUUAGGGUUUUCAGAUUUCUGUUUUCUUAUGUGAAUUCUUUUGUACAUGAGGAAGAAAAUUACAGGGGGGGUUUUGUGUUGUAUCUUUGUGUUAUUGUUUCAGUUUAUAGGUUUUUUUUUACCUUUUGUGGAUGAAAUAAUCUGUUGUAAUAUCAAACUUUGGUUUUAUUUGUUGAUUACUAUAUUAUUAUUACAUAAUACAGUAUUAGUUAUUA